GACGAUGCUUUACGGUAGCCUAGAAGAAGCACUUGCAUCGCGGUUACUCACCUUAUUCAACCCGGGCUCACAUCUGGAUACAUCCCUGGUCCUUCCACCUUGCACUAUUUCGCAGACAGCUCUGUCUCUUCGUUGCAGUCAUGCCGAUGUUCGUGGUGAACACCAAUGUUGCAAAGGACGCGGUUCCCGCUGAACUGCUGUCCGAGGCCACGCAGGAGCUCGCCAAAGCGAUGGGCAAACCCGCGCAGUAUAUCGCCAUACAUAUCAUCCCGGAUCAGAUGAUGAUGUUCGGGGGCAAAGGAGAUCCAUGUGCACUCUGCUCUCUCACCAGCAUUGGAAAGAUUGGGGGCUCGCAAAAUAAGCAAUACUCCAAACUUCUUAUGGGCCUGCUCAACAAACACCUUGGAAUUUCACCUGACAGGAUCUAUAUAAACUUUGUUGAUAUGGAUGCAGCCAAUGUGGCUUGGAACAGCACCACCUUUGGAUGAAGAAUAUGGAUUUAUCGCCUGAUAUGAGACUGCCGUUUCUGUUUCAGAAAAAAAGCUCUUGGGAGCAUGCUAUCAGUCGAUUUAGUCUUAACACACAGCACUUACUGCUUACAGCAGACAACAUUUUGCUUUGACAAUAAAGCUUCCUUUAAACUGUA